GAACCUACAACGGCUACAAGGGUCCACCACCACCCAUCUUUUUGUCCGUGAACUCUGCAACUCUUCAUCAGUAUUCAAACACUUUCCUCCCCCACACUUUUUUCCCUAUCCUCCUCCUGGAAAAUCUCUCUGCUUUCUCACUCGCAUUUUCCCACUAGCCAAACACAUCUCUCCCGUAUUUUUCAUGAAAAAAUAAUCAAUACCCUUUUCAUAUUAUUCCCUACUUUCCUUUCUCUCUCUCUUCUUUUCCCUAGUUUAUUUCUUGGUAGAGCAAAACCCAAAUUUUUCUCACAAGUGAGAUUAUGGUGAAGAAGCAGCUUUGUUGCUGGGGGUGCCUCAUAAUCUUCAGUCAUCUACUACUAGCAUCUCUUGUUUGCUCCAAAAUCCACGGAAACCCUGCAAAUGACCUUGUUGAGAUAAUCAACAACAAUCGAACAGCUCAUAAACUUCCAAAACUUAAUGACAGUCCUGGACUCGGGUGCAUUGCCCUGCAAUAUGCUGAGUUGUGCAAGGGAAACUGCACUAGCAACAACACCGUGAACUGUAAACCAUCUGAAGAGGACUUCACCCAAGUUUUUGCCCCGAAUUGUGGUGUGGAACUACCCACUUUCGGCACCAUAACUGCCCAUAUUGUGGGUUGCCAAUCCAAGUAUCUUGAGCCCUCACUAGCUUUUGCACAUGUUCUUGUUCGAGACAACAAGGCCUUAUCAAUUCUGAGAAAUAAAUCACAUACCGAGGUGGGAGUAGGAAUGGUUCGGGUUCACAAAGGGCCAUUCUUCUGGAGUGUUCUCUUCAGCACUGGGAAGACAAACUCCACGUUUGUACUGGAAAAUCGCGGUGAAGGGAUCCAUCAAAAGAAAGGUUGCUACAGUGGAAGCAGCUUACCAUGUAGUGCAGGUCAAGGGAAUGGUUCCUCGCUGUUGAGCAAUGUUACGAUCAUCGCUUUUCUAUGUGCUGUUUAUCUUUCGCAACAGUUGAAUGUCAAUUUAUGAUUCGUUACCACUCUGAGAUAUUUCACUAGGGAAUGCUCGAAAAUUUUGUUACUGAUUGACUUGAGAAGAGCAUGAUACGCAGACAGACAGACCAAAAACUUUGGAUUCCAAUUUAUUUCUUUGCUUUUAUCUCCCUUGAUUCUCGUUAGGUUCUUCCUUCAAGAAUUUUCUUGGUAUAAAACAUUGGCACUCUCUAAUUAGGUUGUCCUGGUGAUUGAACAGUCA